AUGAUGCUCUGGAAUGGCAUGAGUCAGGUGGCUAACAUAGCACAGCUUGCCGGGGUGUACGCGUAUGGGGUCAUCACGAUGAUCGUGGAAGCUGCAAAGACAGUCAGAAGGAACCGGAAAACCUGCCAGCUGCUGGCGCGGCUUGUGAAGAUGAUUGGAGACCUUCUCCAGCAGCUCGAGAGCACGCAGCUGAUGCAGCAUACGGAGACGAGGAACCCAGUUGAGCAGCUGGAGGAGACGCUCCGGCAUACGUACAUGCUCAUCAGAUCCUGUCAGGACGGCAGCUACCUGUACAGCUGCUUUAUGAGUGGGAAGCAAGCUGACCAGCUCCAUCCGGUGCAGAAUGAGAUCGCUUUCUACCUCCAGCUUAUCCCACUCGUUGGCUUUGUCGAUACCACUCGGACCUGA